AUGAUGGACGUAAAGAUCUGGGUACUAUUUGCCAUUGUUAACAUAGUCCGAUCCCGCGACAUUGUCGUUGGUACGAAAGAUGGCGGUCGCAAAAUAUACGACGAAAAUAAGCAAGCGAGUCCGGCGAUAUGGCGACAGACGGAAAACGUAACGAUUGCUGCAAACGACACUGAAGUUAUUAGGGGAAUCGUGAUCACAGACUUGCGAGUGGAAAAAGACGGCGAUGCAAAAAUUGUCGAAGGGGGAGAAGGACAGAAAAAUGUUACUAUAGAACUGAAGAGUCCGACUGUACUUCGUGGUUAUGAAUUUCAUAUAGAGGCUUAUGCUAUACCAGAAGACACUCAGACAACAACCGGGAAUUCCAACAAGUAUACUCAAACUAUUGUGCCAGCGGAACAAUCAAGCGAGACACCAUCUCCAAAUGCUGUUGGCUUGGGUAAGCAACUUACAUCUUCGACCACUCAAGGAUCACCAACAAACGUAGCAAUAAUUAAUCAUAGACAAAAUCGUGAUACAGAAAACAAAGAUAUGACUACUCAAGAAGUUAAAAUGUUAGUUCCGUUGCUAACAAAAGUUACCACAACCGAAAUGUCCAAAUUACCCUCAGGCGAAACAUCCACUCCACUUGUUAACCGUGAUAUAAAAAACCUAGGAACAGAUCACAAAUAUCCAACAGUAAAUAGAGAAAUUGAAGAUGGAAAUAGAUUUGAUCACCCAAGAGUGAAUAUAUACGAGGUUAGCAAAAUGCCAGAAUCAACGGCACGGAACAUUCCUUCAACGUACUUUAGAAUGCCUCAAGAAAAUUCUUUUACUCAAGGUGUUCACGCCAACGACGACAAGACUGUACAAACACCCUUGAACAUGAAUAAAAUGCACACGCAUAUUCGACACCCCCAAUUUGCUAUCAAUGAUUCAAAACAAUCUCCAGAGCCUAUGGCUAAUACUGGCUUAUCUUCCCUUGAACAUGAUAACAAAAAAGAAGACUUGCGUCACAAGCGUGACGUCGACGGAGAAAAGAAAGACAAUCCAAGACCCAUUGGCGUAGAUCACAAAGUGCAUAAUGUUAAAACAAACCCUGUUAGAAAUGAAACAGUUUCUGGAACCAUGGACGUUAAAUCUAGCUCCCAUAUCUCAAGAACUAAUUUCGAAAAUAAUCAAGGCCAGGGUUUUAAAGUUAUUGGUACAGAAAUGAAACAUAUUAGCAACGAACAAACUCAACGAAACACGCAUAGAGACCAAGACUUACAUAAAAGCUUUAGAAAUAUAGCUGAUGUUGGUGCUUCUAGUGUUUUCUCUUCUACUGAAAUGAACAAAAUUUACGCUUCACUUCCAACAGGAGCUGAGUCAGUACAAACCGACGGUAAAUUUAACAAAUACUCACAACAUAAACCAAUAGAGAUGGAACAAUCUAGUAGUACAAGUUUACCUGUUGCCUCUUUGACAACCGACAAAUCAUCAUCGAGUAACAUUGAAAAGUUAGCUAAUUCCAAGCUCAAGUCAAAGAUGGCAGAUCCCGUUAACACUGAUAAUUCACAUGAUUCCAAGGUAGUUAAAGAAACUAAAAGGAAUGCCCGGGAUACUACAGGCAAUAAUAAGAAGGAUGCAAGCGAUUCAUUACAGCCCUCUAUCCUUAACAGUUCCUCUACUACAAUAAAACCCGGAGUCAUUUCGAAAAAUUUAUUGGAGGACCAUGUUACCAACACAGCUCCGAAAGAAGUUAGCCCCAAAAACAACGAGACCAAUAAAAAUUAUAAUCCAACAAUGUUGCUACAAACUGGAGUUAAGGAUAGAACUGCUCGGGAUGCGUAUGACGAAAAGGAAAAGCAUAAUGUACCUAAUACUUCUAGAACUGGCAUCAACACUUCUGGCGUCUCGGAAACGAUAAUAACUAAACAGCCUAUUUCGGAACAACAAAAUAGUGUGAACUCCUCAAAAGUUAACAUCACUACAGAAACUACUACUAUUGGUGAAGAUAAGGAAAGACAAACUCGUGACACAAGUUCAGAAAAUACACCCAAAAAAGCAGAAGCCUUAAGCAUGAAAGCUGUAGCCGAAGAAUUUGGUACAAAAUUGCAAAUAAAUGAGACGGAAGUCAACACCGAAAAGUUCCCCAACUUGGUGAAAAAAACCUCUUCCACUACUGAUGAUAGAAUAAACAAAAAUAAGGAGGAAGAGACUAAAGCCCGCGUAUCGAACGAAGCAGGUGAAGAUACUAAGGCAAAUAUGCAAAUUGAACAAGACGACGCAAAUAUUUCGCCAAAAGUUGAUUAUCAGUUACCAAAAAUCGCGAGGGAAGUAAGCGUGCAUGAUGUUUCUUUGGCGACUGAUUUAAAAGUUGAGUCAACAGACAAACCUACUACCAUCAGAUCGAUAACUAAAGCUCAUGAUGAGAAGGAAGUAAAGAAACCAAACAGUGAAGUUACUGCUAAACCUAAAGAAAAGCCUAAU